AUGGCUACUGUUAGCGCUGUUGCUGUUGUGCUGGCUGUGACUGUGGUGAUCGCACUCCAAAGUGGUCACGCUGCCGCCAAGAUCACCAGGACCAUCACCCUUCCAGACAACACCACUGCCAUCCAUACCACGUAUAGCAUUGCAGCCCUUAGCGAUAAGGGCUUUGAGUACUUCAACCGUACGCUGGCGCCGACGUUUGACGAGUACCUGAACGACGUGGUGGGCCAGCGCUUCCAGGGCCUGGUCAAGUUCCAGACAUACCCGGUGCGAUUCCGUGAUCUCUUGAAUGAGGGCAAGGAUGACAAGUUUGACUUUGCCUUCACCAACCCGGCCAUCUUCACGUGCGCUGAGGCUGAGCUGGCCAUGUCAUCCCUCGUCACCCUGCGCCGCAACGAACUUGGCGAGCAGCUGAGUCAGUUUGGCGCCGUCAUCUUCACACGUGCCGACCGCGACGACAUCAACAGCGCGCCCGAUAUUGCCGGCAAGACAGUCGCUGCCGUGUCCUUCAUCACCUUUGGCGGGUUCCAGGCACAGUGGGGCACGCUCCGCGACGCAGGCCUCGACUUUCUCAUCGACACGCAGCAGAUCAAGUUCACGGACGACGAGAAUCUGGUGGUGGAGGAGGUCAUGGAGGGAAAGAGCGACGUCGGGUUCGUCACCAGCGGCGUUCUUGAAGCGCAAGUGUUUAACGGCACGCUGGACCUCAAGGAGAUCAAGAUCAUCCAUUCCAAGAGCGCCAUCACCACGGAGGGUGACGCCUUCCCCUUCAUCACGUCGACCGAUGUCCUCUCCCCAGAAUGGACUCUUGCAUCCAUGCCACGCGUUAACUGGCAGGUGCAGGGAGCUGUGAUGGAUGCACUGCUCGCUCUCGAGAGCACCUCCAAGUAUGCCGUCAUGGGCGGUUACAUCGGCUGGCAGCCGCCUCUCUCUUACACCGUCACCCGCGCACUCCAGGUGUCGCUGGGCGUGAUGUUUGCGGACGACCUCGGCUCCUUCCGCUGUGUGCGCACGAGCAACCUCAUCGAUGCCGUCGUGUGUCCCUUUGGAUAUGUCAAGAAAUCCCCUGAACUCGUCGCUUCCGGCUGCUCCCUCGCUGGCAUCAACUGCAAUGACGGAUACGAUUGCCUGUGUCAGCCCUGCAAGCCCGCCUGCUCCGCCAAUGCCCGAUUCACCCUCGAGGGGGCGUGUGAGUGCGACAGCGGGUACAUCAACUUUGGCGGCGCGUGUGCGCCCAUCGCCGUGCUGGCUGUGACGGUGCUCAUCCCCGUGGUUGGCGCCGUCGUCGUCAUUGUGUGGUUCGCCAUGCGCCACCAGCAGCACAAGUCCGACCUCCUCUGGCACAUCCGCCCCUACGAGCUCAAGUUUGAGGACCCGGUCGAGGUGCUCGGUGUCGGUUCGUACGGCGUUGUCGUCAAGGGCGAAUACCGCGGCACCGCCGUCGCCGUGAAGCGUGUUGGACCGCCGCAGCAGCACGUGGCUGGAGGCAAGCACGCGUUACGCGGCACGCGCGAUGACCACGGCGUGCUGAGCGCCUCUGUCCUCGCUGGUGUUCGCAGCAUGGCCGGGUCGAGCGCGCACACCAACAGCCGGCGGUCUGGCGGCUCAAAGCACAUCAGCAAACAGUCGCAGACGACACGCGAGAAGCGCGCCAUGAACUACAUCAUGGAGGUGUUUGAUGAAGCGGCCGAGCAGGGCCAGGCGAUGAAGAGCGCCUCGCGUUCCAUGGCCAGUGCCGGGAUGGGCACGGAGUCGCAGUCUCGCAACCUCGUCAGCCGUCUCCUCCACCAAUCCACGAAACGCGUCACUCUCGCGCGCAUGCGUGCCGACUUUAUCACGGAGAUGCGCACGCUGUCCAAGCUGCGCCACCCGUGUGUGACGACGGUCAUGGGGGCGGUGAUGAUGAAGGGGUGCGAGCCGAUGAUGGUGAUGGAGCACAUGGACCUGGGCACCCUCUACUCCAUCCUGCACAACGAAACCAUGGAGCUCGACGGAGAGACACGCUACUACCUCACGCUCGAUGUUGUCUCUGGCUGCCGCUUCCUGCACUCGAGCGAUCCGCCCUUGAUCCACGGCGACCUCAAGUCCCUCAACGUCCUCGUCGACUCAAAGUUCCGCGCAAAGGUGUCUGACUUUGGGCUGAGCGAGUCUGGGAGCGGUAAGGCGUGCGGCACCCCGUACUGGAUGGCCCCGGAGGUCCUGCGCGGCGAGCCAACCAGCGUCGCCUCAGACGUCUACUCCUUCGCCAUUAUUCUGUUUGAGAUCUUCAGCCGCAAGGACCCGUACCCGGCAGACACUGAUCUCGAGAACACGUUGAAAGAGGUGAUCAAACGCAAACGCCGUCCGUUCGUACCGGCCAACUGCCCCCAUGUCGUUGCGCAGCUAAUGCGGGAGGCAUGGCACGCUGACCCGGACCGCCGGCCCUCCUUUGACGAGCUGGCCCGCCGCUUUGGGCACAUUGACGCGUCCGACUGCCGCGUUGAGGAGUACAGCAGGAAGGGCAAGGACUCGAACAAGGUGCUCGAGGACGUCUUCCCGCCACACAUCGCAAAGGCCCUUCGCGAGGGCAAGAAGAUUGAGCCCGAGCACCACGACUGCGUGACCAUCUUCUUCUCGGACAUUGUGGGCUUCACCACCAUCAGCUCGCUGCUCAACCCACGCGAUGUCAUGAACAUGCUCGAUCGCCUCUACACCAAACUCGACGCCCUCGCCGACGAGAUGGAGCUCUUCAAGGUCGAGACCAUCGGCGACGCGUACAUGGCAGUGACCAACCUGAUGAAGGAGCAAAAGGACCACGCUGCGCGCGUCGGCCGCUUCGCCGUCGCCGCUGUCAAGGCCGCCAACACCACGCUGAUCAAGGAGGACGAGCCAGACCUCGGCUGCGUCAACAUCCGCGUUGGCUUCCACUCCGGCCCCGUCGUCGCAAACGUCGUUGGCACGAAGAACCCACGAUACUGCCUCUUCGGCGACACGGUCAACACGGCAUCGCGGAUGGAGAGCAACAGCGAGAAGAACCGCAUCCACAUGUCUGAGGCCGCGGCGGAGCUGGUGUCGCAGCAGGCGCCUGACAUGGUGCUGGAGCCACGCAAGGCCAUGCACAUCAAGGGCAAGGGCAAGAUGCAGACGUACUUCCUCAUUGCAGCCGACAUCGACCACGCCAGCAGCAGCGACACCGCCGCCCUCAUUGAGACCAAGCACAGCAAGACACAGCUGCCAGAGGAGAUGGCCGAAGCUGAUGGUGACGACGGUGACGGUGGAGAUGGUGAUGACGCCGGCACAUCGGAGCAGACAGCUGGUGCCGACAACAAAGCCCAACUGACGUCCACCACCGCCACAGACACCACCAACAACGACAACAACAACAACAACAACAACAACAACAACAACAACAACAACAACAACAACAACAACAACAACAACAACAACAACAACAACAACAACAAGGCCGGUCAGCACGACAGCCAGCAGCAGCGCCGCAACGUGUCCGUCCCAACUGUGCUGGAGGCGAUGUACGCCGACACCCUGCAGAGCAGCGCAGUUGGCGCUGAUGAGAAGCAGAGCAAGCAGCAGCGGCAGCAGGGCAUUCGCGUGUUGGAUCUGAGCGACGGUGUUGGGGUGAACACGCACCCUAUAUCUGGUGGCGAUGACGAACACGAGCACAGCGAAGCCAGCAGCCCGUCAUCCACCACCUCUGAAGCCUUGUUGCUGGAAGAGCCAUGGCACAACAACGGCCGUCAGCACACUGCAGGCAAAACAAGGCCGGUGAACCAGCAGCUGCCAACACCGCGCUCUGCUGCAAGCGAUGCUGCCAGUGCUGUGCAGCAGCAAACAGAGUCACACAUCUGA